AUGAUGCGCCCACUACGUAUUGUAUCGCACAACGUGAAUCACACACCCGCGCAAACGCACUUUGUGCUGGAGAGCCUGGUCGGAGAGUUCCUGUUGGUACAGGAGCCCUACUACGGGCCGAUAAAGACAGUGGCGUCAAGCACAGACCCGGCAGGCGAUGUGCUGACUGGCACGCAGGUACAUGCAGCGUGGCAGCUUAUUGAAACAAGUGAGUCUGCACGCGUGUGUGUGUAUGUGAACAAGGAGCUGGGCGACCUCCGCCCCCAAGUAUGCUCGCAUAUCGUGGCGCACCGGGACAUCAUCCUGGUGUCCCUCCGCAUUGACAGGCAAGUGCACUACGUGAUGAACGUCUACAAUGACGAGCACUGCACAGCCCUGUCGUGGCUUCAGGAUCAUGCAGAACAGAUCCCGCCGCUAGACCUCGUCGCUGGGGACUUCAACCUGCACUCAACACAGUGGGAGCCCGAUGCACCGCACGAGAGCGCGCGCGCGGAGGAGCUGACAGGCCUGAUGGCUGGGUGGGGCCUGUGCCUCGCAAACGCGAAUGGCGCGCCAACACACCGCCCGCACAACACCGCGCUACGCAGCACAACACUGGACCUACUAUGGGCCCCGGUGGAUCGUGUGACGCGGGGAGAAGUCCAGGUCAGGAUUGACCUGGAAGGCCGCAGCCUAUCUGACCACGCACUCCUAUGCGCGAGUUUUCCGGUGGGAUGGUGGGAGAAGACCCUGCCAAAGAACAUUAAACGGGGUUCGAAGGAGGAGAAGACCUUCAUUGGUGACCUACGUGACGAAGUCGCGACAGUGCCUGCGCACACAGCCACGGUUGAGGAGCUCCAGCACACGUGCGACGGGAUCCUGGCAGCCGUCCAGAGGGUGUGGGAGGAGCACGCAGUGCAUCCAAAGAUAUCGUCGCGCUCCAAGCAAUGGUGGAAUGCCGAGUGCACGGCAACACGGGAUGCGUUUCAAGCCACGCGCACGGACGAGAACCGCGCGGCGUUUAAGCGCGCCACCAAGGCCGCGAAGAACAAGUAUUUUGAUGACCGCAUAGCGGAUGCAUGUGAGAAG